AUGACAGAACAAGACUGGGAUCGCGUUAUGCAGGUCCACGUCAAAGGUGCUUUCGCAUGCACGAAGGCUGCGUGGCCGUACAUGGUGAAGCAAAGCUACGGCCGCAUCAUCAACACCACCAGCGCUUCGGGUUUGUAUGGAAACUUUGGUCAGACCAACUACAGCGCAGCCAAGAUGGCGUUGGUCGGCAUGAGUAAAACACUCGCAGCAGAAGGAGAUAAAUAUAAUAUCCGCGUCAACUGUAUUGCCCCCCUUGCAGGAACGCGAAUGACAGCUGGCGUGUUGCCGGCUCAAGUUCGUGAAGCACUGAAGCCGGAGUGCGUUGCCCCCGUUGUUCUUUUUCUGUGUUCAAAGGAAUGCAAAGAAACUGGCCAGGCGUCUCAACAAAUGUCAACAGGGGCAGACCAGCAGCAGCAGCAGCAGCAGCAGCAGCAGCAGCAGCAGCAGCAGCAGUCAUCUGAACAGAAAAAGGAGAAAUCAGUUUCCAGUUCAACUUCUGAAGGCUCCUCUCUCAAGUCUCAAAAGAUAUUCAACAUGAUCGCUGCAUUCCUAGAGCGUGCAGUCGACGAGAAAUCUAAAUUAAAGGAAAAGGUGAACAGCUGCUUUCACUUUGAAAUAUCACCCAAACAGGGGCAGCCUGCGGCUCUCAAGUGGACCAUUGAUCUUCGUGCAGAUGGUGAAGGAGGAGCUGUGGAGGGUCACCGGGCUUCUGCUGAUGCAACAUUUAUGAUGGCUGAUGAGGUGUUUGCUUCGAUUUGUUUGGGGAGGCUGAAUCCACAGGUGGCGUUCUUGCAGGGGAAGAUGAAGAUCCGCGGGAGUAUGAGUAAAGCAACAAAGUUUACUCCUGAUCUCUUCCCUACAAUAUCUUCUGAACUUCUUUCUCUCAGUGCAACAGAUGCUGUCGAUAGAUUCCUCGAUGAGUUGAAACUCUCAACCCCUGAAACUGCUGCAAAAGACCAAGAACAAUCCAAACACAAACUCAGUCAACAGGCCUCCAAGAUGCAGAGCGCAAAACUUUUCCCUUUCUUGAUGGAUCAUCUCAAGUCUCCAGCCGGCGCUAAUCUCGUGAAACAGGUCGGGUGUAUCUACCGCGUUGACUUGCUGCCGUGCAGCGGCGAGGGUUCCCCGUGUACAUUUUAUAUAAAUCUGAAGCAAAUGCCGCCAACUGUUCGCGAGAUGCCGAAUACAUCUACAGAGCCAUUCGACUGCUGCUUCACUCUGAAAGACGAUAUCUUCUUUAAGCUUGCUACAGGAAAGCUAAACCCCCAAAUGGCUUUCCUCCAGGGAAAAAUGAAAAUAAGAGGAAGCACCAAAGCCGCCAUGAAAUUCACACGCGAUAUGUUCCCCAAGAUAUCCAAACUGUAA